AUGCGUAGAAGUAAAACUAUGGUUGGUAUUGUUGGUAAUGGUAAUGGUGAUGAUGAAGGUAAUGCCGGUGGACGUUUUGGAUUGCAACGUUUAAACAAAAGAGCUACAACGACAAGUGGUGUUAUAAGUAUAGGUUCAGUGGAGGUGCAAAUGACGAAACUAGAAUUGGAAGAACCAAGUGUCAGUUAUACUCUAGUUGAAGAAGAACAAGAGGGAGACCAUGAUGAGAAUGCGAUAUCUGGGGAAAGUUAUUUCCCGAUUUCAGAAGAGGGAAGUAAAGAAGAAUCACUUGAGCCGCAAGAAUGCAUUGAACUAUCAGAUUAUACAGAGAGUCCACCAAACCCUGAACCUGGUCAAGAACGGGCAUGCUCAUCAUCUCCUUUCUACUCCUCCCCUUCUUCAAGCAUUCCCGAUGAAACAGAAGAACAGAAUAAAACCAUGCACUCAGAAGAUCAACAUGAAGACUACACACAGGUCCACAAGUCAUUGAAAGAACUCAUAGACAAGACAAAUAGAAGCUUAUACAACGUAGAUUCAAGAAUUGUCACUUAUAAAGCAGGUCUAUCCAAAAAAUGUUCACUGUUGCCGAGUCUUCAUCCAAAUAGAAGACAGAUUCUAGGGAAAAGAGAACUAUAA